CGUCACACGCCCGGCUCGCGUCCUGAGCUUUCGCGUACCGUGCUUUCUGUGAAUGUGAAAUGAUACGUGAAAGAAAUAAGUUAUGUGCGUUAUAAUUUAGAUGUCUUAUUUUGUACAAGAUGACUGUGCUCCUCGUUUUUGGACUUUUCGUAGUAAUAGUCACGGCCCACAACAUCACCCUACUAGAAGUUCCAAGGUAUGGAGACCCGUACCGGGAAGCCAACCUGAAAUGCCACUACGCGAACGACAAGGGCGACCCACCUUUGCACUCCGUCAAGUGGUACCGAGGGAACAACGAGAUAUUUAGAUACAGUCCUGGACAACAGCCCCAAACCCGCACAUUCAACACAACGAUAGCGGGCGUGACCAGAGGCUCCUGUAACGAGCAUGUUUGCAGCAUCAGCGUAGUGCUGCCCAGGACUUACAACAUGAGGCUGUCUUUCACGUGUGAGGUGUCUACUGAAAGACCAAGGUUCGCCGUUGUGAAGCAGACAAAGAAUCUUACAGUAGCUGUGACGCUGAAGGAUGACCCACUCGUCGUAGGGGUUCCAACCAGCGCGCAACUGGGCGAGGAUAUGGAGCUAAACUGCACCACAGGGCCUGCUAUGCCUCCAGCUAACAUUAUGUGGUAUAUCGACGGAAGACCAGAAAGGGUAAAUGUUUAA